AUGAAGGUGACCUCCAUAGAGAGCCGGCGGCUGCACCGGCUGAUCAGGAAGGAGUUGUCCCGAUGCCUGGUACUGGACUGCCGCCCUUAUCUGCCUUUCAGCGCCUCCAGUGUGCGGGGAUCCAUCAACGUCAACCUGAACUCCGUGCUGCUGCGCCGGGCUCGGGGGGGAGCCGCUCCGCUACACUUCGUGGUGCCCGAGGAGGGAGCCCGCUGCCGGCUCCGGGACGGACAAGUGUCGGUGGUGGUGGUCCUGGAUGAGGGGAGCCAGAGGUGGCAGAAGCUGAAGAAGGAGAGCCCGGCUCACAUCGUCAUCGCCACCCUCAGCAGCCUGCCGGGGGCGCCACGUAUCUGCUUCCUGAAGGGUGGAUAUGAAUCCUUUCGCACAGAGUACCCAGAAUGCUGUGUGGAUCAAAAGAGUUUGUCGCAGGAAGAAAAUGACAUCAGUCAGAACCACCUUUGCGAGAAGCUCUCCUCCUUCCACAAGCCAUCAUACGAUCAGGGCAAUCCUGUCGAGAUCCUUCCAUUCCUGUACCUUGGCAGCGCCUACCAUGCAUCCAAGUGUGAAUUCCUCUCCAGCCUUCGCAUUACUGCCUUACUAAAUGUUUCCAGAAAGAGCACUGGAUGCCUCAAAGACCAAUAUGACUACAAAUGGAUUCCCGUGGAAGACAACCAUACCACGGAUAUCAGUAGCCACUUCCAAGAGGCUAUAGAUUUUAUAGAUACUGUGAGACACUCUGGAGGAAAAGUCCUAGUUCAUUGCGAGGCUGGCAUCUCGAGGUCGCCCACCAUAUGUAUGGCCUACCUCAUGAAGACCAAACGGAUCCGCCUGGAGGAGGCCUUUGAGUACAUCAAACAACGCCGCAGCCUUAUAUCACCCAACUUCAGUUUCAUGGGCCAGCUCCUUCACUAUGAGUCCGAAAUCUUCUCUUCCAAACCCAGUGGCCCUGUCAUGUCUUGCAAAAGGGACUCUGUUUCCUUCUUCGCCGAGGACAUGAACAUUGGCCAGCACUUUGAGGGUCUUGUUUUACGUUCCCCACUUCCGUCUUGACCCCCGUUCCUCUCAGGUCUCCUGUACACCAACUGAAACUCAGUCCAAUCACCGCGACUUCUUCCUGCUGA